CCGACGGGGGUGGGACACGCGCCCUCGCCACUUUGGGAGAGGACGACGCAAACUGUCGUCCUUAGUCAAAAGCAAAGAGCCUGCCAACGGUCGUUCAGAUAUAGAGCUGGACGCAGGUCGUAGUGCGGGCGGUACGACGACGUCGUCAAUAGCGUGGCAAGAUAUUGUGUGUGUAUGUGAACGUGAACCAUGAUCUCCACCGGGAGCUUCCUAAGGAAUACAAUAAAGUGACAUUGCUAGUAGUUGAAUUUGUUUUCUACUAAAAAACGGUGUGCCAUUAAAAGCGUCGGAGAAACAAUCCAAAAUUGUUUGAGGCUGACUGAAAAACUCGUGUGUGUCAAAUUGUUUAUUGCGCAUGGAAGUGGCAAUCAUUAUUCAUGAUUUGCUUUGGACGUUUCAUCUACAGAUUAUAUGCUUACUAAGCUGUGCCGUUUACGGAUACUACGACGUGGUUGUUACUCAGAAUCUUCCAUUCUUUUUGCGGCACGUUCCUGAUUCCGUCUCUACAUCACAGGCACAAUGAAACUGCCUUUGGUUUCCUUAUUCGUGGUGGGACUUGCCCCACUUACACAAAGCACUCGCUGGUCAACAUUCUGUCCCGCACGUUGUCAUUGCAAUGAUGUCGAUUAUACCGUCAGCUGUGCAGAUGCUGGGUUUGAGGUAGUGCCUCUCACGCUUAACCCAAUGAUCAAGGAAAUUACGUUACCCCGAAAUAAUAUUGUUAGCAUCGACUCAGCGUUCGGAGUAUACGCUCACAUGGAGGCGCUUGACGUAAGCUUUAAUAAGAUCGCCAAACUUGGUUCGAAGGGUCUCGAACUAAAGGAGUUACGCCGGUUGGACAUUAGCUAUAACCUCAUCACCAUGGUCGAAAAAGACGCCUUUGAAGGUCUCGAGAGUUUGACUCAUCUUAUCCUGAAGAAAAACAGCAUUGCCGAGCUGACAUCAAACGUGUUCACGCCUCUACACAAGCUAAAAGUUCUUGAUCUGUCUCACAACAAGAUAUCCUCGGUCAGUUCAGGAGCUUUCCAUGGACUUACUAAUCUUGAGCGACUGGUCUUGCGUUCAAACGCACUGCGCCACAUCCCGAGCGAUUCAUUCACCUACAUCUCGACGCUCCGAGCUCUCGAUCUCGGAUCGAACGCUCUGUCGAUGGUUGAGGAAAGUGCUUUCUAUCAUCUUAAUCAGCUGGAGGAGCUACUCCUCGACCAGUGCGCGCUGUCACAAAUUCAUGCCGAUGCGUUCGUCGGUGUCGCCAGUUUGAAGAAGCUGAACGUGCAGAACAAUAACUUACUCGUUUUCCCACGCGCAAUUUCGAGGCUCACUGAGCUUGAGGAGCUAAACGUUGGCGGGAACCUCAUGCCGAAGAUUUCGACGAACGAUCUUAAACAUCUGCGAAAACUGAAGCGUUUGCAUCUUACCCGUUCCGAGAAUCUCGAACGCAUCGAAGAAGAUGUCUUCCGUCACACACCUGAGCUCGAAGAACUCUGGAUGGAGUUCAAUAUGCAGCUGGAGCAUCUGCCGUCGACACUGCUUAAUCACCUACGUCAGCUGCGAAAGGUCAGCUUGCGUGGCAACGACCUCAAGUACAUUCAUCCUGAACUUUUGCCCGUGGAUCAACUCGAGUCGUUUGACGUGACGAAGAACCCCCUAGUGUGCAAUUGUUCCCUGACCUGGCUUUGGCGCCAUAUGGCGCAGAAACCACACGCGUACCAUAACAGUUCUGCAGUCCGCUGUCACGGACCGCCACAUCUCCACAUGGAUUUCCUUAAAAGCCUCAGCGAUGUCCAACUCAAUUGUGAGGGUGAGUCUGGUAGAGGUAUUCUGGCUGUCACCUUCACCUCGCUGGCCGUUUUCGUCUUGGUCUCCGUCGUGUUGUUCCUGACGUGGCGGCGACGAAUCAGCGAUGCUAGGACCGGCACGAUCAUUAAAGACCUUGACACUUCACCAGUCAAGUACGCUUCUUACGACAACCACAAAUACCCGUACAUCAUUCAACCUCAUGCAUACACAACGUUACAAGCACACCAUCCAAUCGCGCAGGCGUUGUCGGUAGGCCCUGGCAAUGGUCUUCCUCUCGAACCGUCCUACGCUACCCUCAACCCGAACGCUCUGCAGAGCUAUUUAAUGAGUCUGAACGGUGCUCUUCCAGUAGACACAGGAAACCGCGCGUACCAGAUCCUAUCCUGUCAUACCAUAUCAUCGCGAACCCCAUCUGAUCCGGGCUACGAAACGAUCGGCCGAUUCUCCGACCAAUGCCUGUCACAGCAAUCUCAACAGCUCCUGCACCAUCAGUUGCAGGGGCAACAAACGUUACAACAACAGCAACAAGAGGGUCAAUUGCCUAAACAUCAAUCACAACCAUCUACCUACCAUAGUCUCAUCUACGUCUAAAAACGGAGAUAGUAUAACUACAGGGUUCAUAUGGCAAAGUUGAUAAUAACGAUCUGCCGUAUGGCGGAUCGACCGCACACGAAAAAAGCACAUUCAAGUCAAAAUAAAAGAAGAAGAAAUGUGGAGUGCACUCUGUAAGGGUUAAAGCAUAUAUGCUUUUGACACCAGUUAGUAAACUUGUCUUACUUUGUAAUCCAAAAUGUAUUGCGUUUAGUUCAAAUGUAUAGAUUCAUGUAAAUAUAUUAUUAUUAAUAACAAGAGAAAUCCAUGGAGAUGAAACGAACGGUGACAUUAAACUCUUCCUACAAAAUCAAAGCAGAACACGGAACAGGCCCAUACAAAGAGAAGGAUUGUUGAACGGUAUGAUCGGCGACGCAACAACCAGCUUCGGGAGAAAGGACACAGACUUAUUACCCGUUGUUUUUUGGCUUAGCUGUAGAAAAUAAAAACACACUAACAUAUAGCUAGCUGGGCUACAUACACACCACGACAGGUAAAGCAGUAUUUUCCAAUGUUGUACUAUAUGUUACUUCUAUUACUAAACUGUGGGAAAUGCUCGGCUGAAGCAAGUGGGUUGGUUGAAAUAGUAAAGGAAUAAAAAAAAAUACAAAGUCAACGAAUGCACGAAGCCCAACAACUGGAUAAGCUACACAUGCAAAACGGACUACCAUGCAACAGACAAAGAAAUAUACACUUCUUAUAUAUACCGCGCUUAUAUAAUGUAAUAAUGGCCGAUGAAACAAUUGUUAUUUAUAAAAGGUAGUAUUAAUGCUUAACAUUAUAAUAUUAUGAAGAUAGUAAGCUAUCUCAAGGUUGUUAGUGACCGAUAACCAGGCCGCAUUGAGAGAUAAUGUAAUUUUGUUAAGUUCGCUAAAACCUUGAAAUACUAUAUUGUGAUUCUAAAGGAAAAUGUGUAUGAUAUAUUAUUUACAACAUUACUUUGGCCUGAUUUUUCUGUCAUUGAUAACAGAAAGAUUAGCAGAUCUCGUUGUUAUAUAUUAGAGUUAACUGCAGCAGCUGCUGUGACGAAACAGCAACACGAACUGUUAAUUAUCGGUUUACGGAUAUGUCUGGUCGAUAGAGACAAUGACGAUGUACCAGUGAUGAUCUCUGUGAUUUUGAAGAGACGACAGUAUCCAGUGGAACGAAAUGGAAGAACGUGAUGAUAAGAAUAGUUUUGGAAGUUGAGGUUUUUUUUUCAUAUGUAUAGCACUAGUUGUUAUUUAUGCUUUGCGAACAAGUUCUCGGAAUCACCUAUUUUUGGUCAAAGCAUCGGCAAUUUGCUUCCCUCAGGAGGCUAACCGGAGUAGGUCUGGACUUACCUAGGGUUUUGCCAACAGACGUGUGAAAUAGCAAGCAGCAUUCAGCCUUCCUAGUAAUAACCCGAUGUUCCUUAAUUUCUCCUCUAUUACAUUUUCUAUUUUCCAGAAUAUUAAUGUUUGUUGAUGAUUUCUUCCAACUCUAAGAUUUGGACCACGGUAAUAGCAUGCUUGUUAGUUGUGGUUAGCUUAGGAACACACUCAAAGAGAUGCGCAUUAACCACUUAAAUUACGUCGUUCCUUAAAGUAAUCGAGGUUAAUGGGUGGGGGGGGGGUGGGGGGUAAUGAAGGAAAUAAAACGCACGAAAAACAAGUAUCAUACUUAAGAGCGUUAGCUCUUCUCCAGACGCCAGGGGUACGGAAGCAGGUGUAAUACUAUUGCUGUAACACGCUGAUCGUCAGACUAAUGUACGAUUUCUAUUAGGUGACGCCGAACCCAAACAAAACCCCUUUGCUGUAGCAUUGACAUUAUAAAAGCUAUUGAACCAUAGAAGCUCACCAAGCGACUACAGAAAACGAGCACAAGAUAAUGACAAAUGAAGCAUGGCAAAAUUAGACGGAUAUUUACCGCAAUGGUUCGAGCGUGAGAAGCUCGAACAAACAUAGAAAGACAAAGAACACAGUGACGCUAUCGAUUUGAACUCACUAGUUAAUUAUAUGAUGCUAGAGCGGUGAAGAUGUCUAGAGCUGGAGGAACUCGAUUGGCAACAUGAGUAGCAAUGGAUGUUAGAGUGGUGGUAGAUAUGUAAUAGACAUGAAUACACAGCAUAUGAUUAAUAUAAUGUUGCUUUAUGUAUGCGCUGAAAGCGGUGGAAAAGUGGAAAAGAAAAGAGAAGAGUAAGAAUAAAUGCGAUAUUUGAUGACCUUACUGUGGCUGUUGGCGUUACCUACGUGACGCAACGGCAUGCACCAGAAGGACGACAAAACUAUUUUGCUAGACGUA